AUGAAUAACACUGUGAAUGAAUUCAUUCUGCUUGGGUUGACUCAGGACACUGAAAAGCAGAAAAUAAUAUUUGUAAUCUUCUUGAUUCUUUACCUUUUGACACUACUGUGGAACCUUCUCAUUGUGGUGACUAUUAAGGCAAGUGUGGCCCUUGGGAGUCCCAUGUACUUCUUCUUAUCCUACCUGUCCUUUGCUGAUGCCUGCUUUUCUACAACUACGGUACCCAGACUGCUUGUGGAUGCUCUGUCUCAGAAGAAAUCUAUUUCCUACAAUGAGUGCAUGACCCAGCUCUUUGCAGUCCAUUUCUUUGGGGGCAUGGAGAUCUUUGUCCUCAUCCUCAUGGCUUUUGAUCGCUAUGUGGCCAUUUGUAAGCCCCUGCAAUACACAACCAUCAUGAGCCAGCAUAUCUGUAGCAUGAUGGUGAUUCUGGCCUGGGUGGGAUCUGGUAUCCACUCUUCAGCACAGAUGUCCCUGGCUUUGCAAUUGCCCUUUUGUGGUCCCAAUGUGAUUGACCACUACUUCUGUGAUGUGCAACCAUUGAUGCUACUUGCCUGCAUGGACACUUAUGUGAUAAAUUUGCUAGUUGUUUCCAAUAGUGGGACCAUAUGCAUGGUGAGUUUCAUAGUCUUGCUUAUGUCGUUUAUUCUAGUGCUGUAUGGAUUAAGUCAACAUGAGCUAAUCUAUAAGAGACUGGAAACUUACAGAACAAAGUUUGCUGUUUGCCAAUAUGAGAAUUUGAUAGGAUGGUCCAAGAAAAUGAUACCUUGGAAAUCUCUACCUGAUCCUGCUCUUACUAGGCACUCUUAG